UUUUAUAAAAACGUGUGAAUGUUCGCAUUAAGAAGUUUCGCUGUUAGUAUUUGAAUGGAAAUGUAGCUGUUUGCUGAACCUGCUCGUCUUCUGAAAGAAAAAUAUAUUAUAAUGGCUGAAGAGAACGCUGAAAUCUCUGGAUUUUUAGACGUUAAAUAUCUUGGUGGUAAAUAUAAAGUUCAUAAGGUGAGAAAGAGGACAUUAGCUCCUUGGAAGGUUUGGGAGAGACAUUGGUGUUCUAUUAAAAAACUAGGCCCUGGUUUGGGUGUCAAAGUACAACUUGAUUAUGGCAUUAGCAACGGUGGUACUACAUCACCGAAUGGCAGAGACAAUUCAGUAAUAAUACCGUCGGAUGCUAUUAUUUGUCGUACACAAUCUAGAUCGAAACAGUUUGCCUUUGGUAUAUUCCCUGUCAAAGAAAGAAAGCCAUUGUUGUACCUGGCUGGUAAUUCAGAGACAGAGUCACAACGUUGGAUAGCAAAUAUUAGACAGCUAUUAAGACCCAGAAGGCAUCUGUUUGUGCCAGGAUCUCAUAGUAUAUCUGUAAUAGAUAAUGUGCAUUCAAAAGCAUCAGGAUUGACUGGGCUAUAUGGUGAUUUGAUAGCUAGUACGAUAGGAAUCUUUGUAAAAGAUGUUUAUACGGGUGAAGUAAUACAAAAUCUUCAGUGGCAAGAAGUUAAUCAUUUUCAUCUAAUUACGGUAGGUCGACCAGAGGAUGUUAAAUGUAUUUGUGUGAUUCAUACGACUAAAGAAUUCUGUGGAGGGGUUGGCGAGCUUCAUAUAUUUUGUUUAGAAGCUAGUAGAUUAUUGCAAGAUUUAGUGACUCAGGGUCGUGGUCCGAAAAAUAAAAUCAAUCGAAGACCACUGAGCCUAAGCGAAGGUGAUCUUAGAAUUUCGAUACGCGAGGAACUGCCGCGAAAGAUAAGCAAAAAUAGAGACAGUAACAUAGCAAACGAAGAUAUAAGUUCUAAGAUACAUAGCAAAAUGACGGAAAACGUCUAUCAACCAGAACCAGCUAGUGUUCCAAAUAUUAGUGACAAUUUAGAUGUGCCCAACUUUCCAUAUAAUAGAAGGAUUUCAGAUAUCUCAAUAGCGUCUGGAAUUUAUGAGGAAAUUGCAGAUGAGAUGGACAGUAGUAAAGCAACUACUUCGCAUUUCUAUAUGGAUCGAUUAUUUUAUAAUCAUCAAUCAGAAGAACCGCCGCCUUUACCUCCACGACAAAGAUGUGCCUCAGAAUCCAUGAAGGGUACUAGGUCGCAAGAUAUUUUAAUUUGUGAACGCAACAUUAUGUCUGUAACGUCUACUCGAAGCUCCGUGCUAGGCGAAGGAAACGCUUUUGCAAUAGAAAAAAUAAUGGACACUUGUAAUUAUGUUCCAAUGUCGCCUCGAUUAAAAGAUAUCACCCUACAUCAACUACAGACACAGGCAUCUCUGCAAGAAAAUGACUAUGUUAUCAUGCGAUGAGCAGUUCAACAAAAGCAGUGAGCAUGUUUUUCUGAAAAAAAAAAGAAAAAAUUAACUGACAUUUAGUAUCUA